CACAUUGACGGCGCAAUGGCUGAACCCACCAAAGCCAGGGGAGCAAACCGGUCCUCGAAGGCGGCCGGGAAGCUCAAAGUUCUUCCCGAGCAACCCCCUGACCUUGAAGAUAUUCCCAAACGAAUCCUUAUUGUUAAACCUCCACUGGCAUCCCGUUCAACCGACGCAGAAGAGAGUACUGGGACGGCGGGCGACUCCGACGAUGCUGACUUGGAAGAUGAUGAUGAGCCAGAGGUGUACAAUCAACUUUCACUCAUACCAGAUGGAACCGCAAAGCGAGACGCGCUCAAACUUACUAAGAAGAAAGCAAAGUCUCUUCCGCGAGUUACAGCCUACGCAACAGCAAGUUCUUAUCGAAUGAGACCGCUCCUCGAGUUUCUACACGCACGCAAGUCCGCAUAUCAUACCAAUGCAAAAAUAAUCGACGAGUGCAUCUACACCCCCUACGUUUUCAAACCCAGCUCCAACUCGCCCAACAAACCCUCAAGGUCAAGAGACACUACUGGCGAUCUCCUUGGUAUCCCGGAACUCCGUCAUGACCAUGAAAACAUCCAAGAACCUGCCAAGAAGCGCAGCAAAUUCGAUGCUACCAACGUUGACGAAGCGGAAAUAUUCCUGUUCGAGUACGGUACUGUGGUUAUUUGGGGGAUGACUGAGCCACAGGAGCGACGGUUCUUAUCAUCCAUCAAGCGUUUCGAAAUCGAAAAGCUCGCGCCAGAUGAAGUUGAAAUGGAGGAUCUCAACUUUUACUAUGCCAACUACAGCAGGAUUUACAACGACGUAAUAACGCUGCGCAAAGGCUCAGGCUAUAUGACAAAAUUAUCGCUGUCUCACGCAAUCUCCCAAUCCGUGAAGAUCUCUCUGUUCGAGGAACUAAUAUCUUCGACCAUUGAAGAGACCAAGGACAUCCCAGAAGUCAUCGCGACAACGGGUAAAGUCGGAAUGCCUCAUAAAGAAAUUAUGCAAAAAAUUGGGCAGCUAUUUCUGUUACGCACCAACAUCAAUACCGUCGGUUCUGUGCUGGACUCUCCGGUCAGCAUCACUCGAAGUGUUUUGGGUGCGACUUUCUCGAUCUCUUGUCUGUUCCUCAUCACCGUUUGGCAGAGCUUUCCUGAUCUACAGCCGCUGUAUGACGCUGCGAGAAGUUAUUUGGAGAUACCCCAGCGAAUCAACCUCCUGAAUACCCGUGUCGAAGUCUUGCAAGAUCUACUCCAGCUUCUCAAGGAGUCUGUUUCUAGCAAGCAUGCAGAGCGCCUUGAGCAGAUCGUCAUUGCACUUAUUGGCAUCGAGAUUCUUCUCGGCAUUGUUACUAUUCUCGUGGAUCUCAUGGCGUGA